AUGCAGGUGUACAAAACUCCUCUAAUUUCCCAGUUCCUUCAAUUUGGUUACUGUAGUUACUGCCCCACCUCCCUUUCCCAAACCAACCCAACAAACCCACCUCGUCAUUGCCUCUCCUCCGCGGACCCCCACCCACCUGUUGCCUCUCUCUCUCCCACCCACCCAGCUCAUCAUUGCCUCUCCCUCCCACCCACCCAGCUCCCCCCCACCCCGCCGGCCACUCUCUUUCCCACCGCGCAACCCCCUCUCCCUCCCACCCGCUGUCGCUUCUCCCUCCCAUCCGCCGUCGCCGCUCCCUCCCUCCCGCCGUCGCCGCUCCCUCCUCCCGCCGUCGCCGCUCCUUCCCACCCGACCGUCGCCUCCCCCUCCCCUCCCGCCGUCGCCUCCCCGUUCCUCCCGCCGUCGCCUCUCCCUCCUCCCCGCCGUCGCCUCUCCCUCCUCCCCAUCGUCGCCUCUCCCUCCUAUCCGCCGUCGCCGCUCCCUCCUAUCCGCCGUCGCCGCUCCCUCCCAUCCCACCGUCGCCUCUCCCCCCAUCCCGCCGUCGCCUCUCCCUCCCAUUCCGCCGUCGCCUCACCCUCCCAUUCCGCCGCCGCCUUCGGCGACAGUUCCUAUAUUUCCGAUUUUUCCUUAUCUUAUUUGUAG